AGGUAUAUAUUAACAUAGAGUGAGCCUACCUUCCGCGCUUCCUGACGACAAGAUCUCAUGGACUGGUUUGCGGCAUCUCUUUCUAACACAUUGUAUCGAGAAACUAAGAUGACAUUAAGUGUGACGAUAGGUACGGAAGGUAGGACAACUGCCGCAGCUUUACUAUGCGUAAGAGUGAAACAGCACUAAUCCAAAUAAAAAAGAUGGUGUCGUCACUUCGCUCUUAAUGACACUCUCUCUAUGCUAAUAUAUAACUCUAUGGUUUAUUUAUAUUUUUGUUAGGACUGUUAGGUUAUGUUUAAAUCCUUAAUUUCACAACUUAUAGCUAGGUUUACUAAAAUGAGUAGUAAGUUCAGCUGAAAUUAUUACUUUUCUAGCUAAUAACAAAGAAUUGAAGUUUUCCUACCCAACUUGAUAUGGCAUGUAGAAAAACAAAAAUACAUGAUCCUCCUCCAAAGGAGCCCACACUGGAACAACACAUGAUAGAAUUUGGAAAAGUUACUGCUGCAUCUCUUAAUAAUUCUAUUGGACAAAACAAAAAGUAUCUGAUUCUACAAGGAAACAAAACAGCACAAAUUUUUAUCCAGAACGCCUUCGAAUUCUUUGAGAAACACUUUCCAAAUAAGAAUCCGCAUAUUUUGACUGCAAGAUGUCUUCAAAUCAAUGUGACAGCUGUAAGAAGAUUUAAGAAGGGACCAACGGAGAAAACAAUAUGUCAGAAACCAAACCCCAAAAAACCGAAAUCUGAAGAAACUUCACCUAAACCAAAAGCAGCCAAGACUAAGAAGCCAGUUAAUUCAAAUAAAAAUGAUGGUAAAUCAGCAGUAAAACUAGAAAAUAAUACUAUAAGUUCAAAUAAACCACCCAUUGUGCAACAGAAUAUUAACUAUCAUUCAAUGACAAUUAAUCUUCCUGAAUCAUACGAUUCCCAAAAAAUGAAUGAAACUAGAGAUAUUGAUUUGAUGAAAAUUGACCUUCCGAUUUUUCCUCCUACCUCUCAAAAUUCUGUAUAUCCUUAUUCAUCUGGUAAGACUAUGGACUUUCAACAACAAAAACCUCUUGUACCUGAUAUAUUUCACUUGAGCCCAGAACCUCAAUAUGGUGCUCCUUCAGUUGCUGUAGCCACCAAUAUGACCCAUAAAAUUGGUUUACCAGAUCCAAUACAAUCGUCAACAACCUCUUUUCAGUCCAUUAAACAAUUUAACAAUCAACAUAGUGGGUAUCAGUUCCCACACGAUAAUGUGCCUACAAAGGAUGAUCCUAAAAUAAAAAAUCACACUGGUGAGAAUCUUCAAAAUCAAUAUGAGCAAACAAAAUUUAAUUUUGGGAAUAUACAAAGUAAUCAAACAGGAUAUAAAUAUUAAUACAUUGUUUGCGAAUGACUAAAAUACAUAGUUGAAGCCAUGGUAGUUGAUUGUAUUAGUUUUUACAUAACCAUCAAAGUUUUUUUUUUGUAUAUGGAACAGAUUUUCCGUAAUAAUUUCUCAGUGAUGCAAUCAUUUCAUGGAGUCAUAGGAAAUGUAUUUAUUAUAUGUAGAGGCUGUGUCUUAGGAAAAUCAUAUUCUACUCUAUGUCAUAUGCUUUCAGAUGAGAUCCUACACUGUUCCUUAGAGAGCAGCAGUUUGAGAGUAUAUAUUUAGAAGUUCCAUCCCUUACCUCACAGAAUCUGUAUUCUGUCACAUCUACUACCUUCAUUGUUAGCAGGUGCUUAUUCAAUCGACAAUGGAUUGUAAAUACUCAUAUGUACUACUUUUUGUAUAAGCCUUUCCACUGUUUUUUUUUUACUUUCAAUUUCUUAGAGCUUUAACUGUUAAUAAUUCUGCAUAAAGGUUUCGUUCUCCUAAAAAGUGGGUUAGCACCUGUUUGGACUAACUGUUUUAUUCUUGAUGUAGCUAUUUAUGUAGCUUUUUGGCAACUUUCUUGGUAAGUUUCUGGACCCAUGAGAGGUUAAGUAAUUUACCUGACUAUUCAAAUAUCAAUUUGGAGUUGAUCUCAUGUGAUUUCAGUGCUGUUAUUUUUAUUUAAGUUUAUUGCAUCUUUCUAUAGCGUAACUUUCCGCUUGGGUGAUGUUUAGCAUUUUACUAAGGUUUUCUAAGUUUAUUUUGCUGUUUUAGAGUUAUCUGUGUACCUACUACUUGGCAUUCAGUAGAAAUUGUAUCUUCAUCAUAUCCGUAUCCGUUUUUGCAACUCUUGUAGUAAAUUCAUUCACAAAGUGCAUACACAGGCUAUACCUUGAAGCUUUGCAAGAUCGUUCCUCGUGUGGCUUAGACUGGCUCUACUUCCUUAAAUAUAAAAUGCCAUACUGCGGAAAAGAAUAAAAAAUCCUGUGGCAAUACAAAUAAUCUGUCAGAUCAUUUGGCAAUGUUCCAUCCAAUUAGAACUAACACUGACAAUGAUCAAGAAAUUGCAUCUGUAUAGCAUGAUAAACCUAAUUCUAAUGCAGCAAAACAAUGGGAUAGAGCUGUAGUAGAAAUGGAUUUUUUUCUUUGUUUGGAUUUUCUACUGUUUACAAUAGUUUAUGAUGUUGGUUUCAAGAACUUGAUGAACAUAUUAGAUCCAUGAUAUGUAUUGCCUAGUUCUUUUUCUUAAGUGGAAAAUUAUUAACUGAAUGUUACACAGACUUUAUGAAAAAGUAAAAGAAUUUUGUAGCAAUAACUUGAUGGGUAGACAUUGGACAUCAAGAGCUAUUGAGACAUACUUAACAGUCGCAUGUCACCAUAUUGAUAAAGGUAAAGGUAAACUAAAUGUUUCUGUUCUUUCCAGUAAACCUCUAGUUAAUGGCAUCCAUUACACAUUAGAAAAUAUUGCUGAAACAUUAAAAGAAAUUUUAAAUGAGUGGAAUUUGCUACAUAAAGUAAGCUGUAUACUAACAACAGGCAAUAAUCAAAAUCAGGCAAAUAUGAUAAAAGCAUGUGAAAUAUUUAAAAAAUGCAAUAUCCCAUGAUAUUGCAUUCCAUGAUGUUGCAUAUAUCCCAUAUCCCAUGAUGUUGCAUAUCCCAUGAUAUGCAACACCUUGAAUUUCGCAGUUCAGGAUAAUUUUAAGUAAGUACAAUGUGUUAUCCAAAAGUGUAAAGACAUUGUUACGUUUUUCAAGAGCAGCACUAUUGCUACAGAACUAUUCAAAAACGAACAGGAACAAGAACAAACUGAGCUAUAUAAACUGUUUCAGGAAGUUUCAACUUCCUGAUGGAAUUCUACCUAACAUAUUAUGGUUCAAAAGAUUCUUACAACAAAAAAUGAUGCUAUUGGUUGCUAUGCCAUACUAAAAUUACGGAAAGCUUCUCACCUCUGUCUGUAGACGACAUUAUUGUGCUGACAGACGUUCAAAAAGUAUUGCAAUGUUUUGAAUAAUCAACAAAGAAAUUUUCAGGUAAUUUAUUUUAAUAAAUUAUUCUUGGAACAAAAUAUUAAUAGAUUGCUAAAUACUAAUAGUACGUGCUAUAAAGUAUUUUGCACAAAAUUUAUUAAUAGAAUCUACGAGGUACGAACUGUAAUGAAAUUAACAAACCAGUAUUAAAACGGAAUGUUUUACAAUGAGAGGGAAUGUAGAAGCUGCUCCUACACUUUCGGAACAGGAAAUCUAUACAAAAAGGCAGGACAAUUCAGCCACAACAAAUCAGUAAAACUAAGACAACUACAACUGGAUCUCUCUGUGAGUUUCUAGAAGAACGGAUUGGAGAAAAAGUUAAGUCAGUGACAGCUAGCAGAUAUCAUCACCAAAAGUACCUAGAAAGAACAAAUUCUGUAGAACAAACCGACUCUCUUAUAAAUAAUGGAAGGCAAUUUUCAACUUUAUGUAUAAUAGAAUGCAACAUAAUGUUGAGAACAAAACUAGGUAAGAACGAAUUGACAAAGUUAUCUGUUUACUGAUGAGUAAACAGAUAUUUUCUGAGUAAACAUCAAGUCUUUCCCUUUCAUAUGAACGAUCUCGUGUAGGGUGAACCAAUAUUUAAAAGAAAACAUACCUUACUGUAGCAUUAAGAGAGGUGGUUCAAUCAUAUUUUCGGAGGGAAUAAGUUUUUAUUGUAUCACCAACAUAAUAAUUUUAGUGAAAUUGACAGUGAAUGCAAAAAUACCCAUUAUUGCCACAAUUUCUUAACAAAUAUUUUUACAUUUGUAGUAAUUGAAGUUUUAAAUCACAAAAUUGGCUUGCGUAUAUGAAUCCUAUAAAACAUGUUCAGGACUAUUCAGGAAGACGGAUUAGACAACAAUAAGAAAUAAAUUAGAGCUAUCGAAAAAUUUGAGAAUGAGCUUUCAUCACAAAUGCCUUGGCUAGAUGAGGCCCCCAUACUGUAUAAAUCAUUAAAAUUAAAUAUGAUUAUUAAAGUUAUGAAUUAGGAAACAAAAAUUCCAAUUUUUUUGUAUAAAUAAGUAUAUAGUUUUGUAUAAAUAAGUUAUUUCAAUAAAAAAUUAUAUUUUUGUAAAAUUUUGUGUUUUUAUGUUAAUACAACAAACAACUCUUAAUUAAUAAUUGAUAAAGCAUUUGGAACUCAUUUAGAGCUCCAUUUUCUCGGGAAUCGGUAGUCGGUAAUUUAGCUUUCCCGGGAAUCGGCAAAUUUAAAAAUAAAAAGAAGAAACUGUUUUUUUUUAGUUUUAUUAUUUGUUUAACCCUUAAGUGGUACGGUGAAAUAAAGUUACGUAAAUUGUCUAGUGGGGUCUCCGCGGACCCCAGAUUAAAAUUUUAAAAAAAAUGGAUAUUGCAACUUUUCAUCCAACAUUUUAUGCUUUACUACAGUUAGGUCCUACACAUACAUGCAUUACAUUUAACGACUAAAACAUAAUAUAACUACAUAGUAUAGAAUUGUUUAGAAACAUUUGGAGCAAACUAUAUUUCCGUGAAUGGUGCAUAUGUGCACGCAUGCUUGAUUUUCUGACCGGUUCAGGUUCAACAGAGGGUGCAGGAAGUGUAGUACCAUCGAGUUUUAUUAUCAUAUCUCUUAAUUCACGACUAAGUGGUUGGUGGAUAAAAUACUUACAUUAAUGGUACAGUGGGGUCUUUUGAGAUUUUUCGUUACUGUUUCUAAAUUAGAGUUAAUUUUAACACGUGUUGCAUAUCAAACGAUAGAAAUACUAGUAAUGGAAGAUUACAUAAAGUCACAAUGCCAUCCAUUAAUUAGUAAGAAAAAUACAACGCAUAUUCUUGGUCCUGGGGUCCACUGGGACACCACAAUACCACUUAAGGGUUAGGGUGACUUAUUGCAAGUAGUAUAAAAAGGUAUAAAUUUAAAUCGAUUGAACAUUAAAAGUUUAAAAAAAAAUUCAAAAAUUUAAAAAACUUCAAAAUUUUAAAGGAAAUUUUAAAAAGAGGAAAAUUAUAAAUUUGUGUUUAAUCUGAAUUUUCGUUGUUUUUAUUAUUGGCAUUUAUGUUUUAAGAAAACAUAAAUUGUUCAGUGUUUGAUCUUUCAGGCUGACUCUUUUUUUUUGUACAGAAAUUUGCUGAAGUUGAAAACGUAUGCUCGCUUUCUGUUGAUGUAAGUCUGAUACCUUUUAGUGCAGUGAGUAUUUUUUUAAUUGUCCGGUCAGCUGAUUUGAAUUAUUGUUGUACAGCGCGAGCUCUUGUUUAAUGACCUUUUAUAAUUCUUCAUAAACAUAAUACAAAAUUUUAAUUCAAAAUAAAUAUUUAUGUUAUAAUUCUGGAUGCUUCAAAAUUACUCAGAUCGGUCGCAUAAACAAUAGAAUGUUUAUGCUAACCAAUAUUUUUAACGCCAAAAUUCGAAGGUUUUAGAAGUUUAGAAUAUAAUUGAAAAAGAAAUAUAUUUAAGUGGAAUAAUUUAAAAUAUUUACUAAGCAGACACAGAAUUCUGAAUGAAUAAUCAGAAUCAUUGUGAGUUAAUAAUAUCUCCGCUCAUAAUCUAAAACCAAAUACCUAUAAAUAUUUAAAAAAAUGCCGGGAAUCCAUUUUUAAUGAUUUCCCGGGAAUGGAGCUCUAAAGUCAUUUGAAUGAUCAAUUUUAAUUUUAGAAUGUUGCACAAAAUUAUAGUGUUUAACUUCAAUAAUUGACUCGCUGUUGGUAGGUAUAUCUGGACCACCAUAAUGAAUAAAUAAUUUUACAGUUUAAAGUGUGUAUUAAAUUAAAGUAUAAAUAAAAAUGUUUUAUAAAUUUGUAAAUCUAUUUAUAUAUACAAAAAUAAAUAUUUAUUAUUAUA